CCGAAACAAAGGUUGCUCCAGCUCGCUGGCUUAUCAUUAGAUUGGUAGACAAAAGAUAUAUCAGUACAAACUUUUGCCAUUGCAGAGAACUUUAUUCUCACGAUCGCGCAACGUCUGUGGAUCAUCCGGAACAACUACAACCUUAGAACACCAGGAUGUUUCGUGCCGGUGACCUAGUUCUCCGGGAAUUGGAGGGGAUCUGUUUCGAAGCCGUCAUUCUGCGCUCCUCCCCGUCCCCAGUAGACGACAGCGAGUGUUUUGACAUCUGUUUCGCGGACGAUCAGUCGAUCGAAACGGAGGUCGAUGCUGCGGAGCUGAAGCUGAAAAAAGCGAAGACAGUGAAUGGAAAAGCAGCAACUGAAAAUCCACUUGCCGACAGUAAGGCACCACCAGACUCGGCCGAAAAAAUCGCUAGCGACACACCCUCUAACAGUGACGAAGUCGACGUCGAAGCAGUGCUCCAGAAGGGGCUGCGGAAGCUCUUCCUUUGUAACCCGGGCGAGCAGACGACCGUCGUGAGAUGCAGUAAACGAAACUACGACGGGAGGGCUUUAUUGGAUAGUGAAGGGAACUGUCUAGUGAAAUGCUCGCACGGCGAUGAUCCAAGUGCCUGUGCAACGGACAAGAAAAGUGAAACGGGAGUUGGGAAGGAGAAGGUAAGUGUGAGAAAGUACUUAACUCCUUGUCGGCACUGCAUGGAAAGAAACAAGUCAACAUCGGAUAACUGUCGCGGCACUGGCCUGGGAACGGGUUGUUCGUUGUUCCAUUCUCCAGCCCAGUGCGAUACGUACUCAUCUUCAUCAUGGCAAUGGCUCUACAAAAAAACAGGAGCCAAGCAUUUCCCAGUCCGCCGCCGCCCUGGGCGUGAUGUUUGACGGAACCGCAGACGCGUCUUCAGGUCGUCUGGAGCCGAGCCCGCGAAAGAACGCGUACCUGAAAACCCGGCUGUCGAGAGAAGAACCGUCCGUCGAUGUGCUUGUCCCGAGCAGUAGCAGCACCUCUAUGGGAAUAAACGCACUGGAUCAACAUGACAAGGAGAGUCAAUCCGCAACGGAAGCCAGCACAACGGAGGGGGAGGAAGCCGAGCAAUCCGCGGCUUCGGACGAGGACUCCUCUUUGCAGCAGCUGCAAUCGGGUGGUGAAGUGCCGAUCGGGGUGCGCGGAGUGCGAAUCAUCAAGCAGAGCAAGGAAAAGAGUAGUAUGCACGAACUUCUGUUCGUGCAGCCAGAGAGCGAACGCCCAGCAGGAAUGGGUAGGUAGCAGCAGGUGAGGCGUGUUGUCGUGUAUCAAAGGCGUUGAGGUUGUAGAUCUUCGAGAUCUUGGUCGACAGAUGGAUCGAACUUCCUGCACAUUGCCAGGCUGUUGUGGAGUGCGUCUUCUUGGCGCAAGAAGUGAGGAGCAAAACAAGAAGAAAUCGAUUUGGUGCCGCUAAUUGUGUGGGAGAAAAUUGACGAAGGCCGCUUGUUCGUCUUUGUGUGUGUG